AUGGGCCGGUCCCGAAGUCGGAGCUCGUCCCGCUCCAAACACACCAAGAGCAGUAAGCGAAACAAAAAGCGGAGCCGGUCUCGGUCGCGGUCCCGGGAUAAGAAACGGGUUCGGAAACGCUCCAAGUACCGGGAGAGCAAGAGGAACCGGCGCCGGAAGUCGCGCUCGCGCUCGCGCUCGCGCUCCACCUACGCCGCCGUGUCCCGCCGCGAGCGGAAGCGCGAGCGUGCCUCGUCCUCCCGGGACCGCGUCGACAUCUUCGGGCGCACGGUGAGCAAGCGGAGCACCCUGGCCGAGAAGCAGAAACGGGAGGAGGAGGAGAAGGCAGAGUUCCAGCGGCAACGAAAGAUUCGACAGCAGGAAAUAAAAGAGAAGCUCAUUGAGGAAGAAACAUCGAGAAGAGUAGAAGAACUUGUGGCAAAACGAGUAGAGGAAGAAUUGGAGAAAAGGAAGGAUGAAAUUGAGCGAGAAGUUCUCCGAAGGGUAGAAGAAGCUAAAGACACGAUGAAAAAGCAGUUGCUCGAAGAACUCGAGCGACAGAGACAAGCUGAGCUUGCAGCACAAAAAGCUAGAGAGGAGGAAGAGCGCGCAAAACGUGAGGAACUAGAGAGAAUACUGGAAGAGAGUAAUCGAAAAAUUGCAGAUGCACAAGCCAAACUGGCUGAAGAACAAUUGAGAAUUGUUGAAGAACAAAGAAAGAUUUAUGAAGAAAGGAUGAAACUAGAACAAGAGAGACAACGUCGACAAAAAGAAGAGCAAAAUAUUAUCCUGGGCAAGGGGAAGUCCAGGCCAAAACUGUCCUUCUCAAUAAAAACCACCCAUUAUUAA